GUUUUUUCAAGUGAGAACUACGUACGAGAUGUUGACCGUUACAUAAGCAACCUUCCUGUCGAAGUAUGGAAUGACGGAGUGAACCACAUUAUUUUCAAUCUGUAUCACGGCACAUUUCCUGACUACUCAGACCACAAUCUAGGCUUUAAUACACAGAAGGCUAUGAUCGCUCGUGCUUCUCCGAGUCUACAGAAUUAUCGUUUCGACUUCGAUAUAUCCUUCCCUCUCUUCCACAAGGAGCACCCUUUACGGAACGCUUUUGAGCAGGAUAUUUCAUUUAAAACGCAGGACCAAUAUAUAGUGUCGUUCAAGGGCAAGCGUUAUGUUUACGGUAUUGGUUCGGAGACUCGAGAUUCGCUUCACCAUUUGCACAAUGGUGAAACAGUGGCCAUGGUGACAACGUGCCGCCACAAUAACGACUGGAAGGCUCAUCAAGAUGCUAGAUGUGAAAGCGAUAAUGAAGCUUACGACAAAUGGGAUUACGAGACAAUGAUGGCCAAUUCGACUUUUUGUCUGACACCGCGAGGAAGACGAUUAGGAUCAUUCAGAUUUCUGGAAGCUUUGAGACUGGGAUGUAUCCCAGUUGUGCUGUCGGAUGAUUGGGUACUACCUUUCGAUGAAGUGAUUGACUGGUCAACAGCUGCUGUCAUUGUUCCCGAAGACAAUGUACUAUUGGUUCCUGAUAUCCUGUACACAUACACACCUGAGAGGAUAUUUCAAAUGAAACAGGCAAGGUAUUUUCCCUCUAUUACCGAUAUUUCAGAGAUUGUGUGGGAGAGGAUUCGAUUGUCAGAAGGCUUACCGCAUAAAAGCUGGAACCAUUUACAACUCUUCGACGCUUCAGCUGACAUGCGGGAAGUGACCGUUGUGAUCAAGGCCACUGAAAAGCCUUCCUCGCGUUUGCAGAAGGCAGUAUCAACCGUGGCUCCUUUGGAAGGUUUGAGCAAAGUACGUCUCUCUUAA